AUGAGCGAUGUGGACGAAUUUUAUGAAUAUGCAAAAUAUAACUUUUUAAAGCUUUUAAAAAAAAAUAAUAUAAAUUCGAAAGAUGAAGGGCAAAGAGAUAAAAGUCGGGAGAAGGAAAGUAGGAUUAAAGGAAUGAACAAAAAAUUAUUGUCUGAUAUAGAAAAUUUAAAAAAGGAUGAUUUGAAUGAUAAAGAAAGCUAUGAUAAAAAAUAUAUAAAUUUUUUACUAAAAGGAAAAAAUAAGAAUUCUAAGAGUUACAAAAAGGAAAAAAAGGAAAUCUCUUCUUCAGAUACAGUAUCAUCAUCUUGCCCAUCCUACGCUUCACUUUUAUAUGAAAAGGACAAAGAACAUGGAAGAAAGGAGGAAAAAAAAAGAAAAGAUGAUAAGCAUAAAAAAAAAUGCAAAGAGGAGGAAAGACAAAAUAGGAAAAGAAAAAGGGACAAAAAGAGAGAACACAGGAAAAAGAGAAAAGAAGAAAAACAAUCUAAACACGCUAAGAAGUAUGAAGAUAAUGAAGGCCAUAGGAGUGUAGAAAUAUACGAAGGGUUGGAAAAGUUUGAAAAUAAUGAAAGAUACAUAAAAAGUGAAAUAAAAAAUGUAUCACAUAGACGGAGCGUUUCAUCAGAUGAUAGCACAAAAGGGGAAAGGCAAAAUGAUGGCAAAAGUAUGUUCAAUAAAAAUGAAGGUGGAAAUAUUCCUUCAGCGCGCCCUAUUGAAAGGGGACCCAUAUUUCAUUUGGCUGAAAAUGCAAAAUUAAGUAUAAAAUUAGAAAACAUAAUAACGGAAAAAAUAAAUAAAAUGAAAAUGAAGAAUGCAUUAAACAAAAGUUUGGUAGACUGUAAAUACUGUAUCGAUUCCAAUUCAUUUAAUAAAAUAAACAAAUUAAAUAUAAUAAGUAUUAGUGACAGAUCAUAUAUAUGUUAUUAUAAUUAUAAAAAUAUUUUUUUAAAAGAUCAGCUAUUUAUUUCCCCUAUAGAACAUACAACAAGUGUAACGAACACAAAUUUUGAAACGAUUCAAGACAUGCGUAAUCAUAUGAAAUCUUUAAUAGCAAUGUUAGAAGAAAACAAUGAAACAUGUAUUUUUGUAGAAUUCAAUAAUUGCUUUAAUGUAAAUAUUGAAUUAAUAUCAUUGAGAAAGGCAAAACAUACAUACAUCAAUUGUUAUGUUAUACCUAUGGAACUACUGGAAAAAGCCAAAAUUUAUUUCAAAAAAAAUAUGGAAGAUAUUAGUUCUUUAUAUAGAGAAAAUAAACAGUUAAUUAUUACUAACAGUAAAUAUGCACCUUAUAAUGUUAUACCUAAAAAUAUUCCAUAUAUAUCUAUUAAUUUUUCUCUUGUUGAAACGUAUAUACAGGUUAUCGAAAAUAAUUAUGACUACAUAAACAUGUGUAAAUGUAUUUUUACAGACCUAUUCAAAAAAGACAAACUUUAUAAAUAUUUUCGAAAUUUUCAGCAGUACGUUAAUACUGUGGAACAAUUUAAAACUCAUUACGAAAAGUACGAUUGGACUAGCUAUGUUAGAUAG